AUGACUGUUGUUGUACAAACACGUGAUCGUUGUCGUAUUUGUUUUUCAUUACUUUUACGUGAUCGUUCAAUAUGUUGUCAAAAAUCUUAUAAUUUAUUUAAAAAUAUUGAACGUCAAAAAAUUCCAUUAAAUAAAUUAAAUCCAUAUCAAAUUAAAAUACGAAAUCAAACAGUUUGUUUUCGAGAUUUAAUUCUACGUUAUUUACAUACACAAAUACAUCAAACAAGAAAUUUUUCAAAUUUUAUAUGUCAUGAUUGUUCAAUGAUAUUAUUAGAUAUUGAACAAUGUGCAAAAUAUUUACGUAAAACAAUAAAUCAAUUAAAAAUUAAAUUUAAUAAAUCAAAUCGUCUUCGAACAUCAUCAUUAUCAGCAACAUAUCAAAAGAAAAGACAACAACACCAACAACAAACAACAAUAAUUAAAGAAGAACAAUUACCUAUUAUAAAUUCAGAUUCUGAUGAAGAAUUUGAUGAUAUUGACGAUGAAGAGGAGUUCGAUGACGAGCAAGAUGAUAUUAAACCAAAUGUAUCAACUAAUAUAAAAUCUUCAGAUCAAUCAAAAUCUCUUCAUUUUACACCAUCAUCAUCAUCAUCCAGUAUUAAUUCUUCAUCAAAUAUUCCAACAUCAAAAAUAAAUUCGAUUAAUAAGAAUACUAAUAAUGGUCAGUGCAAUGAUAAUAAUAAUAAUGAUGAUGAAGAUGAUGAUGAUGAUGAAAUUGGUUUAAUAAAAAAUUCAUCAGAAAAAUUUCAACAACAAAAUUUACAUUUACAAACAAAUCCUCUAAAUACAUUAUCCGGUUUAAAUGGUUUAAUAACAACAGGUAAUACAAUGAAUUUACUUGAAGAAUCAAAUCCAAAUUUAUUUCAAUUACGUCUUGCUCAUAUGAUGGCAUCUACGGCUUCUAUUAAUUCAACAAAUAUAGGUCAAAAUCGAAAUGAUAAUAAUUCUAAUGUUGAUACAAUGAUGAAUACAUUAGCUAAUAUACAGAGAAAUUUUCUUUUACAAUUCUUCAACGAUCCAAUGGCAGCUGCUCAAGCAGCACAAGCUGCUGCUGCCGCUGCUGCUGCUGCUGCUUCAGCUGCUUCAGCUACACAAAUGAAAACUAAUUUAACACCAAUACCAUUAAUAACAUCAAAUAAUAAACAAAGUGGAAGUUGUAGAAAACGAAAAUCAACACCUGAAAAACGUGUUCUAACAAAUCAUCGAUCAUCAAAUAAUAAUAAUGGCGAUACAUCACCAACAAUUGAACAUGAAUUACUUGAUAAUCAUAAUAAUACUAAUGAUUUAAUUGAUCAUCCAUUAGAACUAACAUUUAAAAAUAUUCAACAAUCAAAUCCUGUUUUAUUAUCACCAAUUAAAUCAUCAACAGAUAUUCAUAAUAUUGUGAUUGAAAAUGGUAGUCCAACUUAUCAUCCAAAUUAUUUAAAUCAACAUCAAAAUAUCGAUGAAGAUCGUAAAGAGAGUACGACACCGAAUGAUUCGUCGUUAUCUCUUUCACCAUCAUUAAUACGUCGUACAACAUAUUCAAAACGACAAAAAUUUUCAACAAAUAAUCAAUAUGAAUAUCCAAAUAAUUUAAAAAUAAAUUUAUCUCAAACAUCAACAACAGAUUUACUUUCACCAAAUCAUCAAUCAAUAUAUAAUGAUGAUAAUAAUUUAAUUCAACAACAAAAACAACAAAGAAAAUUAGAUCCACGUACAUGUACAGACUGUGGUAAAGUUUUAUUUAAUGAUAAAACACUUUUACUUCAUUGUCAAACACAUGCAAAAAAUGAAAAACAAUGUUGGAUAUGUGGAAUUCAUGAUGAUGAUAUUAAAAAACAUAUUAUUAAUGAACAUGGAAAUCAAAAAUUUACAAAUACUGGUUUUAAAUGUCAACAUUGUGAAAAAGUAUUUCCUGUUUAUGCUGAUCUUGAAACACAUACACGAGAUCAUAGCAAGAAAAAACCAUUUGAAUGUCCAAUAUGCAAUAAACGUUUUGGUCAACAAGGAAAUUUAAGUUGUCAUCUACGAAUUCAUAGCGGCGUUAAACCAUUUACUUGUACAAGUUGUGGUAAAGCAUUUCGUCAUUCAAAUAGUUUAAGACGUCAUGCACGUACAGUUCAUUCAGCAACUCGUAGUUUUACAAUGAGUCCAGCAGCAAUAUCAACAACAACAUCAUCAUCAUCACAUCGUCUUGCUACUGCGACAACAAGUAAUUCAAUGGUAUCAAUGGCAAAUGAUAUGCAUCAUUUAAGUACAAGUGAAACAUUUGAUGAUGGUACAUCAGGAUUGAUGAUUCCAUCGGAUGAAGCUGAAUCAUUACAAGGUCCACCUUCAACAUCAACAACUGGUGUACCAUCACCUUCAAUAUCUAAUGCACAAAUUGAUAGUGAUUCGCAUGAACAAUUUGGAACAGGUUGA